AUGAUGAAUGAGAACAACCUGGACGCUUACGAGGAGGCCAUGUUGAAAUCUGCCACUUCUGGAAAUGGCAGUGCCUGCUUAUUCCUCGCCAACUUCUAUUAUCUAACCUUCCAUGGCAAGUACCCCACCCGCGGCGAGAGGGCGAAGAAAUUUGCUAGUGGAGAGACGGAACCUGCCAAGGAAAGGGCAAAGGCAAAGCCGUCUCCUCCGGCUCCUAUUUCUGAGAAACAAACGUCGCAAUGGUGGACAUGGGUUACUUCAUUCUUCCAACAGUCCAUGGAGCGUGAAGAGUACCGAGAUCUUGCCCAAGAUUGGUAUUCACUUGCCUGGUUCCAUGGCAAUAGAAGAGCCGCGUUUAUGUUGAGCUUGUUGCAUCGCGAAGAUGGUAACCUUGAGGAAGGAUACAACUACCUCGCGGAAGCGGAAAUGGAGAAUGACAAGUACUUUGCGGAUCGGUUGUUGGAGUUGAAGGCGAACUGGCUUGAAAAGGAGUACUCGCCCAAGGUUCCCAAGAGAAUGCUGGCUGUACAGUAG